UCUCUCUCUGAAAUUCAAGCACUUCUGAAGCAGGCCACUCUCUACCGCUCCACCUCUACUCUCUCAUGUCCUCCAGACCAGCACAUGGACUCCAGCAGCGCGGAAAGGCAAGACUGUGAGGACAGCAACUUUACAGAUGACUGUUUGGACUCCGUGCUUGAUUUCCUGCGCGGAGCGACAUGAACAGACUGAGCGCUGGAGUUAUAAUAGGAAACAAUCCACUUUUUUCCUGUGUCUGUGUGUUUUUUGUCCGCACUCACGUAAAACAGCUGGAACGGAAAUUGGGCUGAAGAAGACUUUGGAUGCAACAGCAAAGAGGAGGACUUGCCAAAAGAAGUAAAAGUGAUAAAACGGAGAGUGGAGCAGCAGGAGUUGGACUGAGAAGACAGAAAAAAGGAGAAGGCAUAUUUGGAGUCUAGUGGGGAAACAGAAGAACUGAAAGGGAUACAGAAGACAACAAGAAAAGAUCCUCUCUGUCCCAUUUUCCACCUGGCUAGGUGGUGCAGACUCCUUCUCCCCCUCUCCUCCUUCCCCUUUUCCUUUUUUUAUCCUGACAUGGGCCGCCUGCUGGCCCUGACCCUUGCCUAUCUGGCCUACCUGCUGGCUAUCGCCAUUGGCUCGCAGAACCAGCAGCACCGUGUGCAGCACGGCCCUUGCAGCUACACCUUCAUCCUCCCUGAGGUGGACCACUGCCAACCGUUAAAUGGCUUCCAUGUCACCGAUACCCUGCAGGGAGAUUCCCCACCUGUGGCCGAGCCUAAUGCCAGCCAAUCCAAGCAAGGUCAAGCUCAAAACGUUAGGCCCACAUGGCAGGAGAGGAAGCUAGAGAAUCUGGAAAGUGCAAUGGAGAACAAUACCCAGUGGCUGCAGAAGCUGGAAAACUUCAUCCAGGAGAAUGUACGCUCUGGGAUGGAGGAAAUCAAGAGGUCUGCAGUGCACACGCAGACAGCUGCCAUGCUGGAGAUGGGAACCAACCUCCUCAGCCAGUCGGCGGAGCAGACUCGCAAACUGACAGACGUUGAGACCCAGGUGUUAAACCAGACAAGUCGCCUGGAGAUCCAGUUGCUCGAGUACUCGCUCUUCACAAACCGCCUGGAGAAGCACAUUCUCCUGCAGGCUCAAGAGAUCUCUCGCCUCAGCGAUAAGAACAGUUUUCUGGAGCAACGGCUCUUAGCGCUGGAAGCCCGGUAUGGGAUGGAGCUGCAGGGUUUGCAGGGAGAAAAGCAGCAGCUUCAGGAUCUUCUGGAGAGGCAGAAUCGACUGGUCGGCCAGCUUCAGGGUGAACUUGGAAGCUCUACGCUCAACAGCACUUUAUUACAGCGACAGCAGGCUGUGCUCACAGACACUGUUCAGAAGUUGCUGACAAAAGUCAACCACUGCAAUGAGAUCUCCAGCAUGCCCAAGAAGGAGCCGCAUCAUUUCGGAGACUGUGCGGAAAUCCUGCGAUCUGGAAUAAAAGAGAGUGGAAUAUAUAGCAUACGCCUUCACAACUCCACAGAGGAUGUCAAGGUGCUCUGUGAUAUGAAGACCAGAGGAGGAGGGUGGACGGUCCUGCAGCAUCGAAGAAACGGCUCUGUCGACUUCCAUCGCGGCUGGAAGGACUACAAAGUGGGCUUUGGAGAGCCGUCUGGGGAACACUGGCUGGGGAAUGAUGUCAUCCACAAGCUGACCAGCUCCCAGGAAUACAGUCUGCACAUCCAACUCAAAGACAGAGAGGGAAAUGAAGCGUUCUCACAUUAUGAUCGAUUCUACAUAGAUGCAGAGGACAAGAACUACAGCCUACAUGCCGACGGCUUCAGUGGGACCGCCGGCCGCACCAGCAGCCUCACCCACUCCGAGAGCCAGUUCAGCACCAAGGACAGAGACAAUGACCGCUGCACCUGCAAAUGCGCCCAGCUCGCAUCAGGAGGGUGGUGGUUUGAAGCUUGCGGUCCGUCCAACCUGAAUGGGAUAUACUACCCCGCUUCAGCCAAUGUGGUUCGCUACAAUGGUAUUAAGUGGUACUAUUGGAAGGGUCCAAAUCUGAUGGCUACAAUGACAACCAUGAUGGUGCGCCCGGCCAACUUCUAAAUGGACAACUCACCCUUUAAAUCAGAUUAUGAACUUGUUGCCAGUUAAUAUAAUGAACUAUGCCCAGGAAGAGGAAUCCUGCAGACCUAACAACCAUACCGUUUGUUGGUCCAUCCCUAAAAAAAAGAAUGCAUUUGAGCAUUUCUGAAACAACAGGGUUGUUAGGAGAUUUCAGAAUUUCAGAAAAGGAUAGUGUUUCUUUACAAAGGACCACAAGGUCGGCCAGGUCCUUGAAGUUGUAGUGACAGGGUACGUCCGAGGACCCCCCAGUCAGGAGAAUCUGAUAGCAGCCCCAGGCGUCUGCUUUUCAACUCGUAUUCUUACUCACUCUUUACUUGGCUGUAUACACUGCAAUGGCUUUGUUCAGUUUAUGAACCCAAAAAACUUGGUUAAAAAACAGUUUUGGGUUUGAGCUGAAUACAUUCUUGCACAAUGUUUAUGUCACAAUGAGAAAUGGAAUUUCUAAGUUGCCUUGGUUACACAUUCACAGGUUUUUUUGCAUGCACUUAUUUGGAUUUUUUUUUAAGCAGCAUAAAGGAAUUGUGGUUUCUUUAUCAUCUUUAUUGCAGUAAAAAUAAUAUAUAUUAUUUAAUUAUUUUGCAGCAAACACUUACAUUAGCAAUCAUUUCAAUGGUGAACAAAAUAGGCAUUAAUUACAGGUAUAUCAAAACUUAGUCAAAUAAAUUCCAGUUUUCAGGCUCAGCUUUGUUUUUCUUUGUAUUUGAAUGUAAAACAUUAAUGGGAACAAAAAUGUUUGUGUUAGUUUGAAGCUGUGAAAUGCAAACAAUGCUUAUUAUAAUACAGAUACUUCAAAUCCUGCUAUUUUAUUUUUAGCUUAAACAUAGGAAAAUGUUUAGGAAAAAGCCCAGUUUGAAAAAUGCUGAACUUUUGAGUGUUUACUUAUUUGUUUGUUUAUUUUUUUAAGUAUAUUGUAUAAUAUUUCUGAAAAACAAAAAUUCACAGACAGGAGUUGAAAGCUUUUUAUUGGAAAUCUAAUUGCUAAAUUAAUUAUUAACAAUUUUGGGAACAACUUGGACAAAAUUAGUAAAUUUUAGCUUCAUGUCUUCAAAGGCAUUUAGAAGCAUAAAUAAGUGGAAACAAAAUAGGCUACACUAUAUUCAUAAAGCAAUCCAACAAAAAAAGAAAAGGAACAAUAACUGUCUUUUCCCUUUGCUCCCAACACCCAGAGGGGUUUUCAUUAUAAAAUAUCAGUAAUUCUUUCCACACGCAUCUCUCAUAAAACUUUAUUUGUGAGAGGUUUUGCUCAUAAAAGUACUCCAUACACUCACACUGGUGUGAUUUACUUUCAGAACUUAAACAUUUGUAAUAUCAUCUGGAAACAAAACUGUAAACUCUGUUUUGAUUCUAUUCUUACAUGUAUGAAAUCAUUUGUAGUGUUUGGUGCUUAUAACCCACAGCGCCAGGUGUUUGUCUUCAUGUUAGCGACAUCAACUUCAACAAGCCCCACAUGCUGGAGUCGGGAAGUGAGAUGAGGAGCGCUUUGCACCACUGAUCUGAUGAAUCAUCCAAUAACACUGAUCCCCAUGGUGCCCAUUAGAAAGCAGAUGGAUUGUACCUCAACUAACACUAACCUACAUCUGCUGGCGUACGCCGGGGACAGCAGCCAGUGUUAAGUAGAGGAUGACUCAUGAGGAUGUCGGCCAGCCAUAUCUGCAAUGACUGCUAAGUCCAGUGCUUCAAUUGCUGAAGGACGUUCAGAAAGAACGAUUAAACAUCUCAUCUUCUGUAUGUGAUUCACCUCUGCUGCUGCAAAGUAAAUGUGACGGCAGAUAUUUGACAUUAUGUUUUGUGUAUAGUAUUGUGAACCAUCUCUUGGUGUUCUGGCACAUUUUGUAUAAUACAGUUACAUGUCACAGGUACUCUGGGGGGGGGGGGGGUGUUGCUUUCUGUAAAAAGAAUAUUCUAAAUAUGACAAUAACGUUUGAAUUUUUACAAAUAAAGAGCUUUUCUGCCAUGGUUUCAUUGAAUCUGCAAAAGAUUCAAACAGA